AGAAAAUAAUUUGACAGCGAUUUGCUGACACUGGGAUUUUGCAUCAGCGAUUACAAGAAAGAAACCCCCCAACAACCUCUCCCCCGAUCACCAGACGGGGCGCGCAAAGGGGGAUCAUGCAAAAGAAGCCAGCUCAGGAAGACAUUAGAAAGUUGAUCUCAAUAAUACAACAACAGUCCAAGUAGGAGGUAUUCUCAGGGGACCUGCCAAGAUAACUGGGAAGAGUUGGGAAAAAAAGAGACCAAAGGAGAAUGCUAAACAGAUUCUCAGAACUGGUUGGUACACAAGUAAUCAGUGUCUGCGUGACAGUGAUGGCGACAUUGUAGACUAUACACAAGAGGACCACAUGCCCCACCUCCCAAGCUGGAGGUAUCUGGCAUAGUGAAUCUAUUGUUUUCGUUUAAGAUUUGUGUUUUGGACUUUUUCAAAGAUGUGAAGCAGCAUUAAUCUGAAAUUGGAAUUGCAAACAGACCAGAAGGAAUUAGUCCUUGUAAUGUAAAUGGACAAGCUGAAUAAUAACAAAUUCUAGCAAUUUCCCCCCCGUACUUGGAAUAUCUCAGGGUCUACAAGUUUAUGGUUUUUGUGCCUGUAAGAUCAGGAUAAAGGUGACCAAAAAUGGGGGACCAGCAGUUGUACAAACCUAACCACACUGCCAACAGCAAUGAGAAUUUGUAUUACCAACCACACCAAAUGAACUCUCUCCCCCCUUUAAAUCACAACUAUGGAACAUCAGGCAUGGAUGCUUCUCAGGCUUCUCCCCUCUCUCCCCAAUUCCCCCAGGAUUCAAGAGACAGCAUAGCUUUGAAUGUAGGUUCAAAAAACAUUGGGUCAGUGGACUCCUCUAGACAAACAAGUUGGACACAUACUGGCUCAGGAAACCACGUUCCAGUAAGGAACAAUCAGAAUGCCAUGUGGAGCCCGUUAGGGCAGAGUGAAUCUGCUGAUGGAUACCAAUAUUCCUAUUCUCAAGCCAAUGAACUUCGGUCACAAAAACUUACUAGUGGAGUUUUACAUAAAUUGGACUCCUUUACACAAGUAUUUGCUAACCAAAAUUUAAGAAUUCAAGUCAACAAUAUGGCUCAGGUCUUGCAUGCUCAGUCUUCAGUGAUGGAUAAUGCCAGUGACAGUGCACUUAGACAGCUGCUGUCUCAGAAGCCUGCUGUUGAGCAACAAUCUGUAACUUCCACUGUGCAAAGAUAUCAGCAAGGGCCACAGCAAGUACACCAGAAUUUUGCAAGCACUCAGCAAAAGCAGCAAAUGCAAGUCAUGCAGCACCAACAACAGUUGUAUUAUGAUUACCAGCAACACUUAUCUCAGCUACAAAUGCAUUCUGCAAUGCAACAAGGACAACCACAUGUGCAACAAAUGCAGUCUCAGCAGCUAUUACCGCAACAGAUACAACAGUUGCAGCAGACUCAAUAUUAUAUGCAGCAACAGCCACAGCAGGGACAGCAGCGGCUCUCAAUACAAGAGAUCCAGCAGCAGCAGCAACAAAGUCGGCAGCAACAGCAGAGGCAGUGUCCAAUGCAAAUAGCUCAGUAUUAUCAAACACAACCAGUUAUGCAGCAGUUACAGUUGCAGCAGCAGCAGCAGCAACAACAACAGAUGCAACUGCAUCUUCCUGCCUAUCAUAGGGAUUCUGACCCAAAAACUGUGCAUGAAACACACCAGUACUCCCAGGAUCAAGCUCAUCCUGUACAGCUUAUACAGUUGGGAUCAAUGCCUCAGUAUUUCUAUCAGGAUCCACAGCAGCAGUAUAGGCAUUUGUAUCCACAAAGUGUAUUGCAACAACAACAGCAGCAGCAGCAAGAAGACACCGAUCCGCAAAAGCAAUACCAGAAUGACAAUAGAUCUCAAGUUCUGAUGAACUCCCACGUUGGCCUGAGUGUGGCAGAGGCACUAGAGGAUACUACACGGCAGGAAAUUAAUUCUGUAGGUAACGCUGGCUCUCAUCGAACUCUUUUAGCACCUUCGGGUAUCCAUCUAAAUAACAAAGGGUCCCAGCAAGAGUCUCCUAGUGCUAUUUGGCCUCAGCAGAUUCAACUGUCUGAUGGCAGACUGCAGCAGCCACUGUCCCCUGAGCCAAGUGGCCCAAACAAAGGAACGUUUCCUGAGAGAUCCCAUAUAAAGAGCAAGCUAACAUGUUCAAUAUGCUUGAAGGAAUUUAAGAGUUUACCAGCACUAAAUGGUCACAUGAGAUCACAUGGAGGAGUAAGAGCAUCUCCUAAUUUUAAACAGGAUGAAGGAGAGAAACCACCACAACAGCAGCCGCCUAAAGAGGUGGAUAGCCUCGCACCUAUCGUCAUGCCCGUUUCUGUCCCUGUAAAGCUUCUGUCGCCUGAGCCCAGUGCGCAGCCCGCUACCAACAGUACCACAGUCAAAGACAAGCCUGCCAAUUCUGUGUCAGAUGACGAGAUGCCAGUUCUCAUGAAGAUGACUUACUCUCCACCGUGCAGUCCAAAAGUGGCCACCCCCUGCUCAUCUUCUGAACUUGGCAGAAAACAGCAUCAAAGUGCUACAAAAUUGGAAGAAGACUUCAAAUCCCUGCAGGACAAGAAAAAAUAUCGACAUAGACCUGAACCACUCUUCAUACCUCCUCCUUCCUUCAACUUCAGUGCAUCCUACUCAGGAGCUAUGCUGUAUCAAAGCCAACUUCGCUCUCCCCGCAUUCUGGGAGACCAUCUCCUAGACAGGACACAUGCGUUUCCUCCCUAUACCCCACCACCUAUGCUUAGCCCAGUACGCCAAGGAUCUGGGCUCUUCAGCAGCGUUAUCACAUCUCAUAAUGCAUCUCACCCCCAGCUGCCGCUUACUCCUUUGACACCCACUCCACGGGUGCUCCUAUGUCGAUCUAAUAGUAUUGAUGGAAGCAGCAUUCCAGUGACUCCAGGGCCUGGAGAACAGACUGUUGAUAUAGAACCACAGAUCAAUAUUGGAUCAAGAUUCCAGGCUGAUAUUCCUGAACUUCAAGACCGAUCAUCAAUGGGGAGAGAUAUGCACAAGGCAACUUUGGUUUGGAAACCAUGGCCAGAACUGGAAAACAAAGUCUUCCAACAAAGAGUGGAAGACCUUUUAAAUAUGUGCUGUUCAAGCGUGUUACCUGGUGGAGGAACUAACUCAGAAUAUGCAUUGCACUCCCUCUUUGAGUCCAAAGGGGAUAUUAUGGUUGCCCUGGAAAUGCUGCUGUUGAGGAAGCCAGUAAGAUUGAAGUGUCAUCCUUUGGCAAAUUACCAUUAUGCUGGAUCUGACAUGUGGACACCUCUAGAAAGAAGGCUGUUUAACAAAGCAUUAUCCACUUACAGCAAAGAUUUUAUUUUUGUACAGAAAAUGGUUAAGUCUAAGACAGUUGCACAGUGUGUGGAAUACUACUAUACUUGGAAGAAAAUCAUGCGUCUGGGACGGAAACACAGAACACGUCUAGCAGAAAUAAGAGAUGAAUGUCUGACAAGUGGGGAAGAGGAAGAUUUAGAGGAUGAGGAGGAGAUGGAAGAAGAAAGAAAAUCUGUAAAGGAAGAGGAAAGUGAAAUGCAGAAAUCUCCUGAACCACCACCUAUAGGUCUUGGUGCACCUGUAGACCUGCCACCCCUUCAAAGUCUUACGUUUUCUGCAGCCUCUUUUAUCUGUGAAAUGCCAAACUGUGGUGCUGUGUUCAGCUCCAGACAAGCACUAAAUGGCCACGCUCGCAUUCAUGGUGGUACAAACCAAGUGACAAAACCACGAUGCACCGGGCCAGGUACAAAGCAAAAGUCUGGCACGCAGAGUGGAUACUGCUCAGUCAAGAGUUCCCCUGCCCACAGCACAACAAGUGGCGAGACGGACCCAACAACAAUUUUUCCUUGUAAAGAGUGUGGCAAGGUGUUUUUCAAAAUCAAAAGUCGCAAUGCUCAUAUGAAGACCCACAGACAACAGGAAGAACAGCAAAGGCAGAAGGCUCAGAAAGCUGCUGUUGCAGCAGAAAUGGCAGCCACUAUUGCAAGAACUACUGGGCCAGUUGGACAUGAUGUGAUCCCUCUGGAUCACUUGAGUUUGAUUAAACAUGUUGAGCAUGUAGAUGACCUUGAAGAUGAUGUUGUUCCGGAGUUAGGAGAUGUCAUGGAAGAGACUGAAGUCAUGAAUGCUGACCUCUUGUUGGAUGAUGAAGAUGCAGAUUUACUUCAGGAUGAUGCUGAGUUGUAAAUGUAGAGUUGUCACAUGCAGACAGCUACUGAAAACAUCCUGAAUGUAUCAGUCAGGAAACCUGGACAACCUGUUUAUUUCCCAUUGAUUUUAAACUACCUGUUUAAAAAUGGUAAUUCUUUUAUCCAGGUCUAGGGAAAAGAUAUGCUUCCCACCCAUUUUUUAAUCAGUUUGUUU